AUGUGGAAUCGACUCUCGCCGACCAAUUCCAAUAAACUGAUGCUCGACCAUGGUAAUCAUAGCAAUAUUAGAUGCAAUAAUAAUAGUAGUACCAUCACCACCUCCAGCAUCCCCAGCAGGACGGGUGCUGCGAUUGCUGGUGCCCUCUGUGCCGCCCGGAUCACUCUGGAGGGACCGGAACCCCCCUGGAUGCAAGGCCCCCUCAAGGUGGCAUUUCUGGGGGCCUCCGGCGUUGGUCGCACUAGUAUUUUGCAGCAAUUUUUCAAGCAUGACUUCCCGAAGACUCACGUUCGCACCAGCCGUCGGUCGGUGUACCGCAGCUGUCUGGUAUGCGACACAUGCAUCCGGGAGCUGAUGGUGAUCGAUGUGCCACCGCAGAGACGCUUUCCCGUCGACAAUCUCGCCGAGUGGAACAACGGCCACCCGCUGGGGCUCCGCACGGUGCACACCUACGUGCUCGUGUACGACAUGGGCAAUCUCGAGACGUUCCAGUACUGCCGCAGCAUGCGUGAUCAAAUUCUAGAAAGCUUUAAUCAUCGUGAUUUUAAAAUUAUGGUUGUGGGCAACAAGCUCGAUCUGGUAUCGGAAACCAUUCCGCACACUCAGGAAUUAAAGGACAUCUCUACUUUGGUCCGCAAACACUGGCGCUGCGGUUACGUCGAAUGUUCCGCAAAACACAACUACAAAAUCGGCGACAUCUUCAAAGAACUGAUGGGCUAUCCGGUGGGUGGCACAGCGCCCAAGCUGGAAUUUUCCCAAUCGAUUAGAAACAAAAACAAAUGCACAAUUCUCUAGUAGUGACUGAACGUGCGCUGGUUGGUGCAGAAUGAAGAAAAAAAUCGGUGCCAUUAAGUUGCAAUGCAACAGUAGCCUUCCGUAUUGAAUGAGGACUCAACAGAGGACACUGCAAUUUGGACGAGUGAUUAUGGGAGUGAGAUAUCAAUUUGCACAAAUCAAUGUCGAUAGGCGGAGGAUCACGACGGGGAAGUGUGUCCAACGACGUCAACCCUAACAAAGUAUCACAUGUACGCCAUAGUGUAGAAAAGAAGCAAAACCAACUAUCGCAACCGUUUGCGAAAAUGUAGAUACCCAAUCGGACAAAGCAUUAUCAAAUAGCAAAACCAUGUUGACUAUUGAUAUUCUAGGAAGUUAAGCAUCGUUAAAUCGAUCGGUACACUUUUGUGUCACUCGCGGCCUGUGUUAGGUUAAAUCGUGACUGCAGACGGAGCUCAGCGUGGAGCUGGCGGUAGAGAAUGGAAGAAAAACCGGAAACUACCCACGACCCAGUUUAGAUUAGAAACAAUAGAGAUAAGACAUUCCGUUCUCUUGUUCGUAAGCCACGGCAGCUGACUGUAUCAAUGUUUGUGUAAGUGUGUGUAUGUUUGUAGCCGUGUUUAUACGCCAUCCAAGGAACAAUCACUGGGGUUGGGGAAGCAUCCGGGCGUUCCUGUUCGAUGCGAGCAAAGAUUUUGAGCACGCCAUCAAUCUUACUUGGUAGGUGGUAGGUAGGACGCACAAAUUGGAGGAAAACCGAAUUAAGCUCACCAUCUACGCAAAGACGAACGGCACCACUCCAAGUCCGGUAUAGGUAUUGAGGAGGACAGUGCCUGAGGAGCUACAGAAGACAAAAGCGGAAGGAUUCAUAUUCUCUAGUCCAUAGUCAGGGCGACCGACGGGAGGGUAAGCCGAGGAGAUACACAAAAUUUAAUUGUCUGUCAUGAGCAGCGGCUUUCGAGAGUAGAGCAUCCGUCGGAGCGUACGGAUGCGACAUCAUGAUUGGGUUUGGUUCUUGUCAGACGAAUAGAUCAAGUUGCUUUAUAUUCUCCAGAUGAAGACAUGAAAUGAUGAAGCGGUUAUUUGAUAGUGAGGGAUAAUAAUUGAAGAUGGUUUUAAUUUUGGCUUGGUUAUUGUUAAGGUUAAUAGCAUGAGUUGGUAUUUUUGGCUCCAUGUACGUUGAUUCAAACUGAUAGUAACAAUGAAAAUUUUUAAGGGUAAUGUGACCAGACGUCCCGCGUUUCGCCGGAGGCUGCAUUUUUCAACUACUUCGUUUUACACAUUUAUUAGAAUUUAUACAGCCUUACAAAUAUUUUUCUAU